AUGUUAGACCCGUCUUCCAGCGAGGAGGAAGGCGAUGAUGUACCGGAGGUGGAACGCAAAGAGGUGGCGGCCCCGAAGAGCCAAGGAGGAGCCCGACUGUCACCGGGGCGAGCUGCCGACGGCCACGGUGGAGGAGGGCUUCAGCCCCGGGGCCGCGGGAGCGGCGGUGGCCGACCCUCCAGCCCCAGCCCGUCAAUCGGCAGCGAAAAGGAGAAGGAGGACCUGGAGAAGAUGCAGAGGGAAGAGGAGGAGAGGAAAAAGAGACUCCAGCUCUAUGUUUUUGUGAUGCGCUGCAUCGCUUAUCCGUUCAACGCAAAACAACCUACUGAUAUGGCAAGGAGGCAGCAGAAGAUCAGUAAGCAGCAUCUGCAGACAGUCAAAGAGCGUUUCCAGUCAUUCCUCAGCGGGGACACUCAGAUUGUGGCUGAUGAGGCCUUCAUCAAUGCUGUCCAGAGCUACUAUGAGGUUUUUCUAAAAAGUGACCGUGUCUCCCGGAUGGUGCAAAGCGGCGGCUGUUCUGCCAGCGACUCUCGGGAAGUUUUUAAGAAGCACAUAGAGAAGCGGGUGCGCAGCCUGCCGGAGAUUGAUGGCCUAAGCAAAGAGACGGUGCUAAGCUCCUGGAUUGCCAAGUUUGACACCAUCUAUCGUGGUGAAGAGGACCCCAGGAAGCACCAGCAGAGGAUGACAGCCAGUGCUGCUUCCGAACUCAUCCUCAGCAAAGACCAGCUCUAUGAGAUGUUUCAGCAGAUCCUGGGCAUAAAGAAGUUCGAGCACCAACUCCUUUACAAUGCCUGCCAGCUGGACAACCCUGAUGAGCAGGCAGCGCAGAUUAGAAGAGAGCUGGAUGGACGACUGCAAAUGGCCGACCAGAUUGCUCGGGUAAGGACAAAAGAUGGACGCCACAGGAGGUUUCCUAAGUUUUCCUCCAGGGAGAUGGAGGCCAUGUACAUUGAGGAGCUGCGAUCCUCUGUCAACCUACUGAUGGCUAAUCUGGAGAGCAUGCCUGUAUCCAAGGGGGGAGAGUUUAAGCUGCAGAAGCUAAAACGAGGCCACAAUACAUCCAUAAUGGACAUGGGCCAGGAAGACGAGAACACGCUGUCCAAAUCUGAUGUUGUGCUGUCCUUCACCCUGGAGGUGGUGAUCAUGGAAGUUCAGGGUCUGAAGUCAUUGGCUCCAAACAGGAUUGUUUAUUGCACCAUGGAGGUGGAGGGAGGACAUAAACUGCAAACAGACCAGGCUGAGGCCUCAAAACCAACUUGGGGUACCCAGGGUGACUUCUCCACCACUCAGCCACUACCUGCUGUCAAAGUGAAGCUGUUCACUGAGAGCACAGGAGUGUUGGCUCUAGAAGAUAAGGAGCUUGGGAGGGUUGUGCUCCACCCGACCCCCAACAGUCCCAAGCAGUCUGAGCUCCAUAAGAUGACAGUGUCUAAAGGGUGUCCAGACAGUGAGCUCAAGAUCAAGCUGGCUAUACGCAUGGACAAACCCCAAAACAUGAAGCAUUGUGGGUAUCUUUGGACCAUUGGCAAAAAUGUGUGGAAAAGAUGGAAGAAAAGAUUCUUUGUGCUGGUUCAGGUGAGUCAGUAUACCUUUGCCAUGUGCAGCUACAGAGAAAAGAAGGCCGAGCCUGUGGAGCUGCUGCAGCUGGACGGCUACACAGUGGACUACACAGACCCCCAGCCAGGUCUGGACGGCGGUCGGACAUUCUUCAAUGCUGUCAAAGAGGGUGACACUGUCAUUUUUGCCAGUGAUGAUGAGCAGGACCGGAUCCUAUGGGUGCAGGCCAUGUACCGAGCUACUGGCCAGUCACACAAGCCAGUUCCUCCGACACAGGUCCAGAAACUCAACUCGAGGGGGGGCACGACACCGCAGCUCGAUGCACCUAUAUCUCAGUUCUAUGCUGAUCGAGCCCAGAAGCAUGGUAUGGAUGAGUUUAUUUCAGCCAACCCCUGUAACUUCGACCAUUCCUCGCUCUUUGAACUGGUGCAGCGCCUAACUCUGGACCACAGGCUCAACGACUCCUACUCCUGCUUGGGCUGGUUCAGUCCUGGUCAGGUGUUUGUCUUGGACGAGUACUGCGCCCGUUACGGUGUUCGAGGCUGCCAUCGGCAUUUAUGUUACCUUAGCGAUCUACUGGAGAGGGCGGAGAACGGAGCCAUGAUUGACCCUACCCUACUGCACUACAGCUUUGCCUUCUGCGCCUCCCACGUGCAUGGAAACAGGCCUGACGGUAUUGGCACAGUUACGAUAGAAGAGAAGGAGCGCUUUGAGGAGAUCAAGGAGAGGCUACGUGUGCUUCUGGAAAACCAGAUUACACAUUUCAGGUACUGCUUUCCAUUUGGACGGCCAGAGGGGGCGCUGAAAGCCACUCUGUCUUUGCUUGAACGGGUUCUGAUGAAAGAUAUUGUUACUCCAGCUACACAAGAAGAAGUCAAAGCUGUGAUCCAUAAGUGUCUGGAGGAGGCAGCCUUGGUUAAUUACCAACGCCUGUCAGAGUACGCCAAGCUGGAAGGGAAAAAGAGAGAGAUGUAUGAGCACCCUGUCUUCUGCUUGGCGUCUCAAGUGAUGGAUUUAACCAUUCAGAAUGUAGGGCGUUUAGUCACUCCUGCCAAAAAGCUGGAGGACACCAUCCGCCUGGCCGAGCUGGUGAUUGAGGUCCUUCAGCAAAACGAGGAACACCAUGCUGAGGCCUUUGCCUGGUGGUCAGAUCUGAUGGUGGAGCAUGCUGAGACCUUCCUGUGUCUCUACUCAGCCGACAUGGACGCAGCUCUUGAAGUCCAGCCGCCGGACAGCUGGGACAGCUUCCCCCUCUUCCAACUGCUCAACGACUUCCUGAGGAUGGACUAUAACAUGUGCAAUGGGAAGUUUCACAAACACCUGCAGGACCUCUACGCCCCCCUGGUGGUGCGAUACGUGGACCUGAUGGAGUCCUCCAUUGCUCAGUCCAUUCACAGAGGCUUUGAAAGAGAAUCCUGGGAGCCUGUCAAAAGCCUAACAAGCACUCUGCCCAAUGUCAACCUCCAAAUGGCCAAAGUACCAAACCUAACAGUUCCAAGUGUUAACAUCCCACAAAUACCCAGCUUUUCUCCACCUAACUGGAUGACAGCUAAUCAGGACUCAAAUAAUGGUUCAGGGACAUCAGAGGAUCUCUUCUGGAAGCUGGAUGCUCUGCAGACCUUCAUCCGAGAUCUCCACUGGCCAGAGGAGGAAUUUGGCAAACACCUGGAGACCCGACUGAAACUGAUGUCCAGUGACAUGAUUGAGUCCUGUAUCAAACGGACACGAGCUGCAUUCGAGGCCAAGCUUCAGAGGAGCAGCCGGGCCACAGACUUCCGCGUGCCACAGUCCAUCUGCACAAUGUUCAACGUAAUGGUGGAUGCCAAGGCCCAGUCAGCCAAGCUGUGUGCCAUGGACCUGGGGACGGAGAGACAAUACCAUUCCCAAAUUGAUGAUCUAAUUGAGGAGACGGUGAAGGAGAUGAUAACUCUGCUGGUUGCUAAGUUUAUGGUCAUUCUAGAGAGUGUGUUAGCCAAGCUCUCCAGGUAUGAUGAAGGAACACUCUUCUCCUCCUUCCUAUCUUUCACAGUGAAAGCUGCUUCAAAGUAUGUGGAUGUACCUAAGCCAGGGAUGGAUGUGGCUGACGGUUAUGUAACGUUCGUCCGUCAUUCCCAGGACAUGCUGCGGGAGAAGGUCAACGAGGAGGUGUACAUAGAGAGAUUAUUUGAUCAAUGGUACACCAGCACUAUGAACCUUUUAGGAACAUGGCUGACUGACCGAAUGGACCUUCAGCUCCAUGUUUACCAGCUGAAGAUUCUCAUCAGGGUUGUCAAGAAAAAGUACCGUGACUUCCGCCUUCAAGGAGUGCUGGACUCCACAUUAAACAGUAAGAUGUAUGAUACCGUGAGAAACCGACUGACCCUGGAAGAAGCCACUGCCUCAGUGAGAGAAGGAGGGAUGCAAGGCAUUUCCAUGAAGGAUAGUGAUGAAGAGGACAACGAUAACUAG